CAUCACUCUCAUCAACACAAGCAUCUUUCUACUACAUUCUACAAACAACACUCGCUCAAAACACACUUCUCCAAACAAACCACCAACCGCAAACAUGAAGUUCACCGCCGUCGCCAUCACUGCUCUCGCCUCCGUCGCCGCCGCGUCUCCCAGCGGCUGCAAGCCUGGUACCUACUCCUGCACUCCCGACAAGAGUGGCUGGCAGGUCUGCGAUGUCACCAGCCAGUGGGUUGCUGCUGGAGUUUGCCCUCCCAAGACCGGUUGUGUCUUCUACAAGAAGAGCGCCAGCCCCUACUGUGUCCCUCCCGGCUUCAAGUUCCCCCAGUAAGCUCUCAAAGCGAUGAGAUAGCCAUAGGAGUUCUUUGAAUACAUAUUAACAACUCUCGACAACGACUUCUAUCUCUGCGGCUUGGGUUCCGACUUGUGCAUUUGGUCUUUUCUUUAUAUACUUGUUUUCAUGCACACUGCAUGAGGUCCUUUCCUUAGAAAUGUUGAUAGAAACAUGGCACAUACACAGAAACAGCAUGUGGGAGUUUCAAGAUCGUAUAUUAGUUACUCAAGCAUAGCAUCUUCAAUCUACUGCAUUGCUCCUUUACUUGACGAGUUGCCUAAGAACAC